AUGUUUGUACUUAACUUUUUUCUCUUCUUUCCUGUACCAGAACCCUUCUCUAUUCUUUUUUUCAUGUUCCUUUUCUCCCUUUUUUAUCCGUACUCUUUGUUUUUGCUCUUGCUCUCUUUUUUCCCAGUUUUACAAUGUACUGUUAUCUCUUUUCUCAGCGCACUUUUCCUUUCUUUUUUAUUUUUAUCCCUUCAUUUACUCUUCCUCUUCUCAUCUAAAACCCUUGUUGUACUCGUCUUUUUGGCCGCUCUAUGUUUUGCCUCUCUCGACUGGAAUUUUUCCCGAAUUUGUUCCCACCAGUUCAGACUGGCUGUGUACAUUGCGAACCGCUACCUCAGCUCUGAUGAUCAUAAAUUUGUGAACCUGGUGAGCCAGGAGCUCACCAGAUAUGCUGACCAAGCUGCAGUGGACAGUGUGUUACUCUUCCCACCACUUGACUCCUACCAUCGCCUAUUGAUCCACAAGACUGUAGAAUCUGACUUUAAACAAUUGCAUAGCUUCUCUGUUGGAUCCGAAAAGCAACGCAGAACUGUUGUUUGUCUCCAAAAUACCAUGCUUCAUAAUGGUCUCAGCCAACCAAUGUCCAGUUCAGGCAGUAGGCCAUGUCGUGGCCGUGGUCGUGGCAAGUGGUUAGACUAUCAAAAUUCCCCUCCAGUCAUUCCUUCUCCACAAAUUAUAAAGGAUGAUGAGACUAAAAGUCAUCAUGAUAUCAUUACAUCAGCUGCUCUGCAAGGAACAAGGGGUAAAGCAAGAAAGCCCGAACAGCAACUUUACAUCCCACGUCCCCGACGACUGCAGCAGCAGCAACAACAACAGUAUCCCUUGGACAAUGAUGAAUAUAUAUCUCCAUACACUCUGGGGGAGAACAACGAUGAAAGAGGAGUAACCCCAACAAGCCCAGAUGACUUGUAUCCUCAUCCAUUCAGCACCAAUCCUAACAACAACAAUGUCAACACCCCUCAGCAGACAGGUCGGAAAAACACACCUCGAGCUACUUGUACAGCCAGGAAAACACGGCGAGAAGUAGAGAUUUAUAUUCCCCGAGCUAAACGCUUGAUGCAGCAAGGUGGGGCACCUAUAGAUAUAGAUGGUUUGGCUGAAGCUGGUUCAUUAAUUAACUGCCGUGAACCUGCAUCUCCUCUGGAUCGACUAUCUGGAGAAUAUUCUGCUGACUGGACUGUAGGGGGUUGCCAAGAUGCUAGUAUUGAGGGGAACAGGCAAGGAGGGAAGGUUGGGUUACAAUGUCUAAAUGUUAGGAAUUCUCGCCAAAGUACAACCCACAGGUCACCCGAUGGUGGUAGGAGAGGCAGGCGGUCAAAACAGUGGGAAUAUCAAUCACCAUCUUCAUCAGAUGACUCUGGAAGCUCUGAACGGAAAGUGACACUAGCACCAGCACCUCAAACAGAAGAAAGAAAUCGCAAUAGGCCAUGUGGGCGCAAAAACAGGAAUGCCCCCCAACCAAAUGUAGCUGGAGAUAGUGUGGGGACAUAUGCUCCUGACAAUGUUAACAAGAAUGCAUAUGUUAUACCAUGGUGUUCCGAAGAAACCAGUGCCAAUGCUAGUGUUCAACGAUGUACAAAUGAAAGACAACCAAACGAAUCUGUGGCACGAGGUACAAGUCACAAAUCCACACUUGUCAACGAAUCAACCAAAGUCUGUGAUAAGACAAAUGUUGCCGUUAGCAACCCAACAAGGCAACAACGUCGUUCCCCUAUAAGCAGCUGUGACCCAAACAAGCUUCCUUGUGAAUCGAAAUCUGGAGUAAAUAAUGCCAAAUCUCAGUCAAGUUCACCCCAUCGACCAGCAGACCAAGACAGCAAACAGGGCAUCCCUUCUAUUUCAUCAGAGGCUACACCUUCACCUUCAUCCCUGGACAAUCAGCAGAGCACGGCUGAUCCACAGUGUACUGCCAUUCCAGUGGACAUUCCGAAAGAAGAGACUGACCACUAUGAUAGUCUCUCUUCUAAAUCACCAGUAUACACCUCAGCCAGCUGCAAACGUUCUCCUGGCACUGGUUGCAAGGAGGCAGAUAAUAUCGCAGCUAGCAAGGACAGUGAUGAUCACUGUUCAGUUAAAAAUCUGCUGAACAAAUCUAAAGAGACAUUAAGCAAUACAGAUCUGGACUCUUCAAUUGAUGAUGUCAUAAAUGAAGAUACUGGAACAAUGGUAAAGGCAGCUAAAAAAUCCUCUUCUGUACAGGACCUGACCCCUCUAUCUCAGAAUGGUUCUCAGCCUCCAUGUGCAGUAGAUGGAGAGGAUGAAGGUGCAGACUCUUGGGAUGCUUUGUAUGAUGAAAAUGGAGACUGCUUAGACCCAGCAGUCAUGGAAGAGGUAUCGAUUCCCUCUCUCUUUCUCUUUGUCCUUUCCACUCUCUCUUUCUCUCUGUUCUUUCCACUCUCUCUCUUUCUCUCUGUUCUUUCCACUCUCUCUCUUUCUCUCUGUUCUUUCCACUCUCUCUCUUUCUCUCUGUUCUUUCCACUCUCUCUCUCUCUCUUUCUCUCUGUUUCCUUUCCACUCUCUUUCUCUGUUUCCUUUCCACUCUCUCUUUCUCUCUGUUCUUUCCACUCUCUCUCUUUCUCUCUGUUUCCUUUCCACUCUCUCUCUCUCUGUUUCCUUUCCACUCUCUCUCUCUCUGUUUCCUUUCCACUCUCUCUCUCUCUGUUUCCUUUCCACUCUCUCUCUCUCUGUCUCCUUUCCUCUCUCUCUCCUUUCUCUCUCUGUCCUUUCCACUCUCUCUGUCCUUUCCUCUCUCUCUCUGUCUUUCCCUUUCCCUCUCUCUGUCCUUUCCUCUGUUCUCUCUCUUUCUCUCUGUCCUUUCCACUCUCUCUCUUUCUCUCUGUCCUUUCCACUCUCUCUCUUUCUCUCUGUCCUUUCCACUCUCUCUCUUUCUCUCUGUGUCCUUUCCACUCUCUCUCUCUCUGUGUCCUUUCCACUCUCUCUCUCUCUCUGUGUCCUUCCCUCUCUCUCUCUCUGUGUCCUUUCCUCCUCUCUCUCCUCUUUUCUCUCUGUUUCCACUCUCUCUCUCUCUCUGUGUCCUUUCCACUCUCUCUCUCUCUCUCUGUCCUUUCCACUCUCUCUGUCCUUUCCACUCUCUCUCUUUCUCUCUGUCCUUUCCACUCUCUCUCUCUCUUUCUCUCUGUCCUUUCCACUCUCUCUCUCUGUCCUUUCCACUCUCUCUCUCUGUCCUUUCCACUCUCUGACUCUUUCUUUCUCUCUGUUUUCCUUUCCUCUCUCUUUGACUCUUUUCUCUCCUUCCUCUUUUUCCACUCUCUCCUUUCCCUCUCCUCUCUCUCUCCUCCUUUUCCCUCUCUCUCCUUUUCUUUUUUUUCUUCUUUUUCUCACAAAGGCUUAGAUUUAUUGACUGCUAAUGUAGGCAAGGUUCAAAUUCAUAAAACAAAGAUUAAUUAUUUGGAAUUCCAACCCAAAGAAUCAGAUAUAGAUUAUAAAGAAUAUGACCAUGUGUUAGAAGUGUAUGACUUCCCUGCUGAGUUACAAACUAGAGAUUUAAUUGGAGCCUUUUCACAAUUCAAGGAAAGAGGAUUUGACAUUAAAUGGGUGGAUGAUACUCAUGCCCUGGCCAUCUUCAACAGUCCCUUGGCUGCUGAGGAUGCUUUAUCAAACAACAAUCCACUGCUGAAGGUGAGGCGCAUGACAGAUGCUUCCAAAAAAUCUAAGCAGAAGGCAAAACGUUGUACUGAGUUCCUCCAGCCUUACAAACCACGUCCAGAGACUUCAGCCAUCACUGCCAGGCGUAUGGUGACUGGAGCUCUUGGCCUAACCCCACGUAUUUCCAAACAGAAGAGAGAUCAGGAAAGACAACAGUUGAAGGAGGCACGUGAGAAGAAGCGACAGGAUCGACUUAUCAAGCAAGAAAUGUGGGAAGGAAAUAUUGGCAGCAAAUGUACUGUGGAUGCAACAACCCAAUAG